CUUUUUAAGCUUUCAAGCAUGAGUCUUUGGAGCAAAGGUAUGUAUUCCUCCAGAGACAUUUGCCUGGAUGACUGUGCUGUAGAGCAUCUCCACCUCAAUUAUCCUGAGCCACCAUCAACAAAUCUAGGUCUUUUUUACAAGGACAGCAAGAGCAUUAAAGGGCCGAUUCACAGGACUGAAAAUGCUCCAGGUUUGCCCUGUUCCAGCCCGCUGGAGUUUGAUCUUUCCGGAGGGAGAACAAGAUCUCCAUCUUCUUACGGUCAUCAAGUGAAGCGUGCCAGAGUUGAAAACAUCAUCAAAGGUAUAACCUGCGUAGACAUGACGCAGAAUCUGAAUGAGGAGACUGAUUGUACGCAGGAGGAGGAAGGGGUUGAUGUGUUGGCUUUCCAUCAGAAACGCAUGGAAACAAGAGGAGGUGAAAGCCUGAGAGAAAGCCAUCAGCCCCUCAGAGAGUUCAGGACGAGUUUCAUUCCCAUCUGCAGGAAUGAGAAGAUUCCCAGAUGGAGCGUUUCCUCGGAAGCAUCCACAGAUGAGGGAUUUUCUAAAUCCUUCAGCGAAUCUAAAAGCAGUCAAGAUAUAAGAGAUGAAGAAUGGAAGAAGGGGAAGUCUGAUGUCAACUCCAAACCAGGUCGGGUGAAGCUGAUGGCAGAUGUUUUAAAGUACGAGCUGACCCGAGCUGUGAGCAACAGCGUAGACUCCAUUUUCAAAAGCAUGGCGCUCAUACAAAGCCCAACUGAGAUGGAGAGUUUAGGCUCUGCUUCCCAGACAGCAGUGUGCAUGGAGAGUAAAUUACGAUGUGGGACUGAAGAGGUUAAGCUCCAUGACAUGCAAACGGAAGCUCUGUCACUGGUGGUCCAAAAGCCGGAACCAGAACAGCCCAAAAACUUUACACUUCAAUCGACAUCAGCAGCUCCUCUUAUCCCCAAACCUCCCUUCUGUGUCAGCCGGCAGCCUGAGCCAUCAGUGCGACACAACAGCACAGAUCAUCAACGCCAUGCUUUUAGAUGUUUGCAGGAGGGAUGUGCUGAAGGGGAACCAAGAUUGGAGACGUACUGGAAUUCAGUUAAAGUAAAAUCUAAGGUUAACUCCAGAUCUGUGAGAAGCCCUCUCGCCAUGCCGGUGGAUCAAGUGGUUCUGGAAACCCUGCAUCUUCCUAAUGUGAAGUUAGAACCAGACAGCUUGGAGAAAAAUAAUCUGUACAUGUCUAACGAGUGUCUAACAACAAACCAUCUGAAAAAAGCAAAGCUGAUGUUCUUCUACACUCGCUAUCCAAGCUCAGUGGUGCUGAGAAUGUGCUUCCAUGAUGUGCAGUUCACGCGCUGCAUCACCUCCCAGCUCAUUAAGUGGUUCAGCAACUUCCGAGAGUAUUACUACAUCCAGAUGGAGAAGUUUGCCCGGAGCGCUCUCCUCCAGGGGGCGACGGACGUGAGGGAUCUGACUGUAGGCAGAGAAUCAGAACUUUUCAGAGCUCUCAACAUGCAUUACAACAAAGCCAACGACUUCCAGGUUCCCGACAGAUUCCUUGAAGUGGCUGAGAUUACACUAAGAGAGUUUUAUAUUGCCAUUUCGAUGGGCAGAGACCGUGAUCCAUCCUGGAAGAAGACUAUCUACAAAGUGAUCUGCAAACUGGACAGUGACGUUCCACCUGAAUUUAAAAGUCAAAAUUUUGCAUGAAACCGUGAGAAGACAUUUUUUUUUACGACAUGGACUGACUGUGAUUUAUGUCAUGAUGACCAAACAAUGUGUGUUAAGCAAUUGAAAUGUAAGAACACUUAUAGACAGUGGAGUAGUAAUGUUUAAGUAUGUAUCUUUUGCUUUUUAAUACUCAACAAAAGUAAAUUGUUUUAAAUAUUUAGAGUAUUAAAAGGAAAUAUGUAAUCUACUUGAAAGUGUGUGUGAACUUCUAAGUCAUGUUACAUGAAAACAUACACGCCUGUAAAGCCUAUUUUCUAAAUGAAUACAAAACUGAGUCCACACCAAAGAGCAAAAAUAUUUAAUAUUUUACAGAACAUUGUAAUUACAUUUUAUUCAGUUGAAUAAAAAGGUGUAAAAAAAAAAAAAAAAAGAAUCUACUGAACCAGUAGAUAAGAUGUUAAACAAUGUGAGAUCCAUUAAACUUUCAUUCGAUACUUACAAAUCUGUUCAUCGCUUUUGAUUUCUUCUGGUAGUCCCAAGGAAAAAUGUGUCUUCAAGAUGAGGUGUUUUUGCUCAUUGGUCAUCUUUUGGUCAUCUUUGAUUUGAAUUCAGAGAAUCCAGGAAGAACAAUAAUAUUCCAGAUAAAAAAAAUCCAGAUUGCAAAAAUUAAACCCUGGUUUUCCUUAAUUCUUCAAAGAGCUUAAAUGUUUAAAAAAAACAAAAAACAAUCAGCGAUUUUAAAGGUUUUUUGCUUGUUCCAUCUGGAUGUUUGUCAUAAUUGAUCAUUUCAUAUCAUAAAAGUCAUUUGAAUUUUGGUCAAAAAUGAUGAAAGUAAACACAAAAUCCAGUUUUUAAAAUUAAGCUUUUUAGAAUUUGGGAUAACUUAAGUCUUUUACAUGUUUGUAGACGGAUUUUGUCCAAGUCAUAUUUGCAGAAUUGUAUUAGCCACAUUAAAGGCUAUUCAUGCAUUCAUACCCUUCUGUGCAGCGUGCAUGCAGACAGAAUUCCCGCACCGCAUAUUUAGGAAACCGGCAAGGGUUCGCAAAUGUAAACAUGAAGUGACAUCCAGUAAAUAAGCCAAUAAGAACAACCAAUAUCAACAGAUUGUGGAAAAACAGUUGAACUCAAACUUUUUUCUGUCGCUAAUGGAUGGUAUUAAGUUUUAAACAACCGUGUUUUCUGGUUCUUCAAGUAGCGCUGUGUUUCCAGUAGGAGUUGUUGCCCGCUUGCCAUGUUUUUCCGAACAGAUCUUUUCUUAGGUGCACAAGUAUGGAAAUUCUGCCUGCACAGAGGUCGAGCUGAAAACGACGCAAGUUGGCUGCACAGAUCUUCUUGACUUGUCAAGCACAAACCCAGCUUUAAAGCAUUUAUUCUCUUAUAAGCUUUGGAUCUGAUGUCCGCACAUUUCAUUCCUUGUCACAUUAAGGGUUGUAACCUUUGGAAAGUAUGAACUGCCUGUGAUUGGCUACUUUUCAGGAAAUUAGACCUUUUAAGACUGUACUAUUUUCUUUAUGGUUGUGGCUAGUAAUGUUAGCAUAGCAUCUUCAGGCUAAUAGCUUUUCUCUUCAAGAAAAAAAAAAUGCGUAAGUGGUAAAUAAAUGACAUUCAACACAGUCGAAAAUAUGUUCUGACAGCAGUACCCCUCAAAAUAUAGAAUCAUAUAUAGGGAUGCCGAUGCCAUUUUUUGGCCCUGAUACUGAUACCUGGCUGUGCAGCAUUGGCCGAUACCGAUACCAUCUGUUUGAAAUUGUUAUUGUGUGUGUAUAAAGAACUGCAUACUACUUGGAUGUAAAAUAAUUGCCAUCAUGGCUUUGUCAAGCUGCUGCCUACAUUUGUGAAGCAGAAAAAGACUAAUGCAAGUGUUAACUUUUAUUGAGGAAAGUAUGGCUUAAAUGAUCACAAGUCUAUAAUUGAACAUAGACAUUUACAUCAGUUUGCAUCUAAUGUUUAACAUUUUUUUUCUUUUGAGUCUUUCACAGUGUUUACAAAGUUGACAGUUAAUGAAAGAGAUGGCUGUUGGAUAUAAAGUCAGAAUUCAACUCUUGAAGAGGUAAGCAAUUAGCCUGAAGAUGCUUCUACUAUUAUGUGACACAACCAGGAAGACAACAGUAUUUUUUAAAGAGACAGUCUUUCUUGAAAAGUAGCACCUGAAAAACUUGUGUUUUACUUUUUUCAGUGGUUACUACCAUUUAAGUGAUAAAAGGUGACACAAUUGUG